GAAAGUGCAUAAAUGUAUAAUCAACUUUAUUAACUUAAAGAAUAGAAAAAAAAUUCAACAUGGAUGAAUUGUAUUUCGAUGAAUUCGAUUUGCAUGAUUCAGUCGAUUUGGAUUAUGGAUCAAACGAUUUACUGGAUUUUAAUAAUGGAUUGGACGAUGAAUUUUAUUUAAAUGAUGGAUUCUGUGUGGAUGAUGUAUUGGACUAUGAAUUAGGUUUUGAUAACGGAUUGGACGAUGAAUUGUAUUUGGAUGAUGGAUUAAAUGAUGGAUUGGAUUUGCAUAAUGGAUUGGACGAUGGAUCGGAUUUUGGUAAGGGAAUGGAUAAUGAAUUAGACGAUGGAUUGGAUUUUGAUAAGGAAUUGGACGAUGGAUCGGCGAUGGAUUAA